AUGGGAGUCACAUUGUUCGAACCCCCUCCUCGAGACCCUUCGAAAUCGCCUAUCGAGAGCAUUUUAGACCUUACCCCGGUCACUGAUAUUGGCCCGGAUGUAUUCACCAACACACGACCUCUCUGGCACCCUCCCGGGGCACGAGGCAUAUACGGGGGCUCAGCCAUAGCACAAUGUCUUGCAGCAGCCCAGUUGACUGUGCCUCCGGACUUCCUGCCCCAUAGCAUGCAUUGUUAUUUUGUGUUGUCCGGCGACUCGUCUCUACCUAUCUUAUACCACGUGGAACGUGUCCGGGACGGGAAAAGCUUUGCUACACGAACAGUACAAGCUCGACAACAGGGCCGGCCAAUCUUCACCACAACCCUUAGUUUCGAUCGUGAGGGAAGCGGCGGCGUAAAAAAAGUCGAGCAUUCAACUGUUAUGCGCAGCGGGUUCAAGUUCCCGGACCCAACUGACGAAAGGCCUGGAAGAGGGCCAUUUGAAUCGAGACGGAUCGAUAUUCCUAAUUCGUCAGCCCCUCCCGAAGAGAAAGCUGUGCUGCAAUGGGUUCGAGCGCGAGGAAAUAUUUCUGAAGAAGGCGGCCUCCCCGCUCACCUAUCUGCAUUGGCAUACAUGUCUGACAGUUACUUCAUCGGUACCGUAGCGCGGGUACAGGGUAUCCCGCGGUUCUCAUCACCAGCAGCCCUGAAAAGCGCACUAUCUGCACUAAAGAACCCUUCAGAUCUCGAUGAGCAGAGUAUUAUAAAGUACCUCAAGGACAUGGCUGAUCAGGAAGCCCUCGAACUCAAAUCCGGGACUGCAAGUGCUUCUCCUGUAUCUCUUCCCAAACGAGAACUUGGUAUGAUGGUCAGUUUAGAUCACACCAUCUAUUUCCAUAAUCGUCGUGGAUUUAAAGCCGACGACUGGAUCUUUACGGAGAUGAAUAGCCCCUGGGCUGGAGAGGGUAGAGGUUGUGUUAUGCAGCGGAUGUGGGCUCGUGAUGGUUCAUUGAUUGCAACCUGCGUACAGGAAGGUGUCAUACGCCUAAAGCAGGAUAAACCUACACAGAAUAGCAAAUUAUGA